AUGAUCAUGGUGAUUCAGGUGAGCCUUGCUUUUGGAAAAGUGUGUGUCAGAGAAAAAGCCUCCUCUGUGUACUAUCCACUCGGGUCCCAGGUGACAACCUGGCUGAAGAAGAAGCCUCUUACCAAGACGGACUCCAUGUGCCUGCCACUGACAGGAGUGGUGCCCAGGGUGCCCGAGAUCUCAAAGGUCACAUCUAAGCUUCUGGGCCGCCCACCAAAGACACUGUCUGCUGCAGUGGUGCUGUCAGACCCAGCGGGGCAGGACGGGGCCGCCCCGUCAGUGUGGGGUCAGGAUGAUUCUCAGGAAUGGCUGCUCCUAGGAGCAGCAGAGAAGCGGGAAGUCUGGGAAGAAAGCCCUUCAAGCCUGGCCUGCAGCGGCUUCUCCUCCUGGGUGCCAAUGCUCUUGACAGGCCACAGAGCCGCGGUUCCAGCCAUGCAUCGUGUGACGAAAGAGGUGGUACAAGGCGAGGCGCUGGGAAGAAGAAAUGGAGAAGCCGUGGUUCUCCGAAGAGCUGGCCUUGCGUGGUGCCUGCCUGGGAUGAGAGGAGCAGGAAAAUGCCUGCCUCCCUGUCCCCACCAGGGCUGGCCAGCAGGCUGUGUCUGGCCUCCUGUCUUUCCAGGGCCUGACACAGUGGCUGACACACAGUGUUGUCAUGUCUGGAGAGGAUACUUGGAAAUGCCGAAGACAUUUUUCCAUCAGCCUGAGAAUGAAGCCAACGACCGAGGAUGGAGGAACAUAAAAUGCACUUUGGCUCUUUCCACCAUCCGUUUGAGAGCAUUCAGUUUCCUCGACCCACAGAUGAGCAGAGCACAGCUGCCAGCCCAGUUCCCCCUGGCGGAGCGCACCUCUGACCCUCACUUGGAGACCUCCUGGACUCUUCUUGGACUUUCCAGCCAAUGGCUUGCAGUAGUAGGGAAAACUCACUUCUAUUUUGAUGGUAUGGAAGGAGUGAGGCCUGGUAAUCAAACUGGGCAUAAAUCCCAGCUCCAUCACUCACCAACUGUGUGACUUUGGGGAAGUCACUUUUCUGAACCUCAGUUUCCACAACUAUAAAACAAGAAUAAUAAUUUGUAAUUUGCAGAGCUGCUGUGAAAUUAAACAAAGCAAAAUAUGUAAAGGCCUUAGUGGUUUCUGGCCUUCUUAGUGGAGGCACUGGCCUAGUGUAAACACCUCUGACCCCUCUUCCUGUAGGUCCACCACUGGGUUGCCUCAGUUCUGGU